GUGCAAAUAACGCGAUACAAGAUGCCGAUCUGUUAACCAAAGAAUUAAUUAAUUCUGAAAAUAAAGAUUUAAUCGAGUGUAUUCGGAGAUACAAUGAACAAAUGCGAGUUCGAUCAUCUAAAGACGUUCUAACGUCACGUAGCAUGGCACUAAGGCAACGAAAACCAGUGGGUGAUUUUGGUUUAAUUCUUAGAUAUUUCUUUUUUAAAGUACUUGCUGUCUUUUUCUAUGUUUCUGUAUUUAUUAAAGUCCAUACUUAG